AUGAUGAUGAUGUCUAUAUUUACCAAUCCUGCCACUCCUGGCAACAAACACUCCUGCCACCUGCCUCUCCACCAAUCAGACUCACCUGGUACCUACCACCCCUGCCAUCAGACCCACCUGCUACCUGCCACUCCUGACAACAAAUACUCCUGCCACCUGCCUCUCAACCAAUCAGACUCACUUGCUACCUACCACCCCUGCCACCGAACACUCCUGCCAUCAGACCCGCCUACUACCUGCUACCUGCCACUCCUGACACCUGUCACUCCUGAAAUCUGCCACUUGUACCACCUGCCAGUCCUGCCACUUGCCACUCCUGCAACCUGCCACUUCUGCCACCUGCCACUCCUGUCACCUGCCACCCCUGCUACCUACCACACCUGCUACCUUUCACACCUGCUUCCUGUCACUACUGCUGUCAGUCGCACCUGCUAUCUAUCACUCCUGACAUCUAGCAUUUCUGCUCACGCUCACUCCUCUUAUCGCCACUAUCCAAAACCCACAAAUUUUUUCAUGAAUACUUUAAUAAUAAAGUUUCCUACAGGUAGAUAUUUUUCCGACUUUAUGACGGAUCGUGGACACUUUAUAUUGGCUACUCCCGAGGAUACCCUCGAGGCUACUCCUUGA